GCGGCGGAACCACUGGUGUCGCCCCGGGAGACUCGUCCUGUGGCGUGUAGUCAAAGGAUUGCUUGUAAGUCGGCUUCAGCAAACCUUUUGAUGCCUGACCUUCCGGUACGGAUUAUAGUCAAAAUUCCUGUCUAGAAAAUGGGUUCUACAAGACGCCUUGUUACCAUUAAAAGGAGCGGGGUCGACGGCCCCCACUUUCCACUGAGCCUUCAUACCUGCUUGUUUGGAAGGUAUGAAAAUGAAAGUCAUCAGAAUGGAAGCAAGUCACCUGAAUUUCCAGGACAAAGAUGGGAACAGGAGCCUUCGCGUCGGGUCUCAAGAUCUAGCUUCCCUUCCAACCUUGAUAAGAUGGAUGGGGUGUCCCUGAAGAGGAGGCGGGUCUCCUUUGGUGGUCGCCUGAGACCUGAAUUAUUCGAUGAAAACUUACCUCCCAACACACCUCUCAAAAGAGGAGAGACACCAAAGCAAAGAAGGUCUCUGGUCACCCACACGCCAACCGUCCUGAAGAAAAUCAUCAAGGAGCAGCCUCAGCCGUCAGGGAAAGAAGAUUCUUCAGAAGUCUGUCUGCAGGCGACUGCGCAGGAUGCGUUUGUGAGGCCUCCAGCUCCUAACGCUGCUCCCGCUUCUCCAGACGCGCCCGGCCAAUGCCAUAGCUUACCCAAGGCGUCUUCCAUCUCCAGCGACAGCAAAUCUCCACAUCAGACAGAUAUUCCCAAGAGAGGACGGAGAAAAAGUAGCAACCUGCCCUCCAAGAGAGCUUCCGUGGAUCGAAGCCAGCAGGGCGUCUUACAGAUGAUUUAUUCCAAGAGAAGGAGUGGCGCUUCUGAGGCCAAUUUAGUUGUGGCAAAAUCGUGGGCAGACGUGGUAAAACUUGGUACCAAGCAGACCCAGACCAGAGCUGUUCAACGUGGACCUCCACGACCCCUGAGCAAGAGGCAAAGAAGAACCAAUAAUACCCCGAAGAAGCUGACUGGCAUCGUUCACAAUCAAUUUAGCACAGGCCACGCAAACUCUCCCUGUACCAUAAUAAUAGGGAAAGCUCACAUCGAGAAAGUGAACGGGCCAGCUCGGCCCUACAGGAUGCUGAACAACUUCGUGGUCAACAAACCAAUGGACUUUAGUGAAGAUCUUUCAGGGCUGCCUGAGAUGUUCAAGACUCCAGUGAAAGAGAAACCACAAAGGAUGAGCCUGUGUCCCUCCACUUUUUCAAAUUCAGAGGAUUUGCUUGGAGAAGAGCUUCCAGUACCUCAUUCAGGAGGAAAACCUCUGCUGUGUGCUUCAGAAAAUUCUGGACAGAAUGUGUCCCCCGGGACUCAAGAUGCACUGAAAGAGCUGUCUGAUCAAAGUUCUGCAAGCCCUGCCUUAAGACGCCAGAGUAUUAAAAUUAAAAUAGAUGAAAGUAUUACGAAAACUCCCAGGAACGUGUAUAAAACAGCAGGAGACACAGCCUGA